GGGUUCCUGAAUACCUGAAGAUUCGAUUGUUUCUAGCUUCUUCCCUGAAAAUUUCCACCGAAAACAUCGCUCCGUCGCCUGGAUUUCUUUGGGUUCUCCAAUGGCAGGGAAGAUUUUGCAAAAUUUUUAUGUAGUACAAUGCCACCAUCAAAAUAGGCUGUUUGAUAGACGGUGCCAGAGAGAGUCUCCUGCCUUGUAUAAGUUUGCUUUCCUUCCCUUUGAGGGAGGGAAGCUGGCAUGCACUGCCAACUCUUCCAUGCGCACGUGCAUUUCAAAAUACCAGAGUGCUUUCCCUAAGCGAAGAACUGUUUGCUGCAAUGCUGCUCAAUCUAGUGUUGCUGUGCCCGAUGUUGACAAAGUUGGUUUCUUGAAGCUUCAAAAUGGCAGUGAUAUUCGAGGUGUGGCGGUCGCUGGCAUUGAGGGGGAACCAGUGAACCUCACUGAACCAGUGACUGAAGCCAUAGCUGCUGCCUUUGGGCACUGGCUUUUUGACAAAAAGAAGGCCGAAUCCCAACGGCUGAGAGUAUCUGUUGGUCAUGAUUCUCGCAUAUCUGCUCAAACCUUGCUGGAUGCAGUUUCCCGAGGUCUUGCUGUUGCUGGAUUGGAUGUUGUUCAGUAUGGAUUAGCAUCAACACCAGCAAUGUUUAAUAGCACAUUGACUGAAGAUGAAGCAUUCCUGUGUCCAGUUGACGGGGCUAUAAUGAUAACAGCUAGUCAUCUUCCAUACAACAGGAAUGGUUUCAAGUUCUUCACCAGGGAUGGAGGACUCGGAAAAGUUGAUAUCAAAGAUAUCUUGGAGCGAGCUGCAAAUAUUUACAAGAAUAUUUUGGAUGAAAGCCCAUUGAAAAAGCAAAACGAAACUUCUUCUUCUAUCAGUAAAAUUGAUUACAUGGCGGUAUACACUUCUGAUCUUGUAAAGGCAGUUCGGAAAGCAGCUGGAGAUGUAGAGAAACCGCUGGAGGGUUUUCAUAUAGUUGUCGAUGCGGGAAAUGGAGCCGGAGGAUUUUUUGCUGCCAAGGUGCUUGAGCCUUUAGGAGCAAUUACUUCUGGAAGUCAAUUCUUGAAUCCAGAUGGCAUGUUCCCAAAUCAUAUACCAAACCCGGAGGAUAAGACUGCGAUGAAAGCCAUCACGCAGGCUGUUCUUGAUAACAAGGCCGAUCUGGGUAUCAUCUUUGAUACUGACGUCGAUAGGUCUGCUGCUGUGGAUUCCACUGGUCGUGAAUUCAACCGUAACCGCUUGAUUGCCUUGAUGUCAGCCAUUGUUCUUGAGGAACACCCUGGCACAACUAUUGUUACUGACAGUGUCACCUCAGAUGGGUUGACCACAUUCAUCGAGAAGAAGCUCGGGGGAAACCAUCACAGGUUCAAGAGGGGCUACAAGAAUGUUAUAGACGAAGCUAUUCGCUUGAACUCCAUUGGUGAGGAAUCGCAUCUUGCCAUAGAAACCAGUGGCCAUGGAGCUCUCAAGGAAAAUCACUGGCUUGAUGACGGGGCAUAUCUCAUGGUAAAAAUCUUGAAUAAGCUUGCUUCAGCCCGGGCUGCCGGGAAAGGUACUGGCAGCAAAGUUUUAACAGAUCUUGUUGAAGGUCUGGAGGAGCCAGCUGUAGCUGUGGAACUUAGGCUAAAAAUCGAUCAGAAUCAUUCUGACCUUAAAGGAGGAACUUUCCGGGACUAUGGAGAGGCCGUACUGCAACACAUGUCAAACUUGGUAGAAACCGACCCGAAACUUAAAAAAGCACCGGUUAACUACGAAGGGGUUCGGGUUUCUGGAUUCGGUGGAUGGUUCCUUCUCAGACUAUCACUCCACGAUCCCGUUCUUCCCCUCAACAUUGAGGCACAAAGCGAGGAUGAUGCAGUAAAGCUAGGACUGGUCGUGUCUAAUGCAGUAAAGGAGUUCAUGGCUUUGGACGCCUCCGCCUUGGACAAGUUCGUGCAAACUCAUUGAAACCCUUUUGAUGUGUGUGUGUGUGUGUUUCUUUCUGUUUUGAUACCAAUGUCUCUAAAUAAUACCAAUGUCUGCUUUGUGAUGAACCUUCCAAACUAGUUUUGUUUGAAUAAAUCAUAUGUUAAUAACAGGAA